AUGUCUAUAGUUACCUUUGAGAAGCCUGUGCCCAAAGUAGCAGAGUCUGAUUGGUAUUACAAAAUAACGGAAUUAAAAGAAUCUUGUGAUGAACAUAGGCGUCAUGCAUUUGUAUUGAGAAAUGAAUCUCAGAGGUUAAGGAAUGAUACAGAUGUCACUACUUAUUGGGGUACACAUCGUACAAAUUCUAAGUUCUUUGACAGACGCAUUGAAAUAACGCGCUGGAAAAAUCUAAUUGAAUUAGGUUAUAAAAACUUACAAAAAGAAAUUAAAGAUUUGAAAAUCGAAAAAGAAAAAACUGAAAAAUGUAUAGAAUUUCUAAAUUUGAACUUUACUGUUACAAAUCAUUGCUUAAGUAUAAGAGAUGAAAGAGGUAGUGCAGAUUUGUGCCAUGAUAUUGCAUCUAUUGAAUUAAAAAGAGAACAACACACUUUGGAAAAACUGAAAAACUUGUUAGUUGGAGUAUGCCAAAUUGCAUGGGAAAAGAUUAAUAAGUUAGAAGAGUUGGAAAUUAAUGUUGCCGAAGACUUAGAUAAAAAGAAUAAUACAAUAAACAUAGAUAGUGAGUUGUUAGAAAUGACUAAAGAUUCAAACAAUAUCUCCCUCAAACCAGAUCCACUAAGAGUUCCAAAAGAUUUCAAUACAUAUGAAAAAUGGCUCCAACAGUGCAUUAAUAUAAAACAGACAAUUGAGAAUGAAUUAAUUAGUUCAACAAAAUUACGUGAAACUAUGUUCGUGCCACAAAAUAAAACUAUAAAUGAUCUGCUUGCUCAAAAUGACAAAGUAAAUUAUGGUCUCAGAAGGCGUAUUUAUGAUACAGAAAGAAUUAAGAAUGAAUUAGAAUGGCAAAAAUGGAACAUGUUAACAGACAAGGAUAAAUUUUUGAAAGAAAUUGAAAAAUUAGAAAACGCUUUGUACAGAAAAUUGAAUCCUAAAAUGUUAGUUGAGACACGGUGCGAAGAAAGAUUAUAUAGGGCUGGUGUCGAAAUGUGCCUUGAUAAAACUACUAUUGGUUUGCAUAAAGAACAAUUUGAACUUGAUACUACCAUCAAAAUGUUGAACGAUAAGCUAAAUAAAACCAAGGCUUUGCAUAAUAUUCUUAUUGAACAAAUAAAUAUACUAGACGAGCAACUAAAAAAUAAGACUCAUGCAUUGGAUGUUGACCAAAAAUGUCUACAGUAUAGAGUACAACUGGAUGGCCGGAGUUGUAGCUAGUAAUUUAAUGACUAACAGGAUAUAAUAUUUAUUUAUUUAUUAAGUUUUGAUGGGCUACUCAGUGGCGGUCAAACGGGGGUGAUAAGGGGGAUAGACCCCCCCCAUGAAUUUUUUUCAAUAUUUAUAACAAUUUAUAAUUAAGAAUAUUCCAUAAUGCAUUAAAUUUUGUUCAAUAUUUUUUCUAAAAACAAAUUAUCAACUAUUGUAAAUUUCGACAAAAUGUCAAAACAUGUUUUUAUGUGUUUAUGUGACAUUACUAUAUUAUUAUCUAGACUCAUAUCUAGGAACUAGGAUAUUAUUUUUAAUAUUUAGUUGUUUACACAAAAUAUAAUAUGUGAAUUAUCCCACUAGAUGAUCGAGAAUUCUCAAUAACAACCAGCUCUACACGUUCCCAGAACAUUGGCCCAUACUGGCGAUAGUGCGAUCGAUAGAUAUAUUUUACAAUAUUACGUACUUCCAGCCCCAGGUCAUUAGUUGGUUGAAAACUUGAAACAUCGAUUGCUUAUUAUUUGUCACAACUCAUCAUAUUUAGUUAUCACCGUGAUUCGUCUUUACUCUCUCGUACUCGUGUUUUCUACUGUGUGUCCGUAUAGUGUACUAAAGUGUAUUACUAUUAUACAGUCGGUGUCUUUUGUAAUAUUGACUAUUUUGUCUUUUUAUAUUUUCACAAUUACUGUCUAAUAAAAUAAAAAUUACUAGCUAUUUUGAUGCAAGUUGCUCUACUCCUAAACGCUCAAUGGAUGAAAAAAUAAAUAAAAUCACUAAUAUCGUUACAGAAAAUCAAGUUGUGGACUUAGUGGUUAUAUUUUACUAUGGCUGUUCAUCGUGGUGUUAUAAAGAUAACAUCCUACGAAGUA